UCAAAGUGUGGGCACGUUUUUAUCGAAAAGUUAAGGCAUGCGGUGACUUCGUUAUCUAUUUGUUAAUUUUAUUUAAUUCCCUUGAUAUCUGCAACUAUUUGCGUUUCAACAGUUAUCGUAUAAUUUUUAUAUUUACGUUUUAAAUAUUACAUAAUGGAUCCACGCACCUGUGAUGUUGAGGGCCAACUUGUUGGUAUUGGCAACCCUUUGUUGGACAUCUCCGCUAAUGUUGGAGAGGACUUGCUCCAGAAAUAUGACUUACAUCCUGAUGAUGCUAUUAUGGCCGAGGAAAAGCACAUGCCCUUGUAUAAGGAGCUUGUAGACAAAUACAGUGCAGAGUUCAUUGCCGGUGGCAGCGUACAGAACACACUCAGGGUGGCCCAAUGGAUCCUGAAGAAGCCAAACCUCUGUACAUAUUUUGGCUGCGUCGGUAACGAUGAUUUCGCUAAAAUUCUACGAGAGAGAGCUAUCGCAGACGGCGUGAAUGUCCAGUACCAGAUAAGUGAUACGGCGCCAACUGGCACCUGUGCUGUGCUGAUCACUGGAACGCACAGGUCCCUGUGCGCCAACCUGGCUGCGGCCCAGUGCUUCACACAGGACCAUCUGGCGAAGGACGAGUGUAAACGAAGCAUAGAGACCGCCAAGUUCUUUUAUACCUCUGGUUUCUUCGUGGCGGUAUCCCCGGAGUCGAUCAUGCAGCUGGCGAGCCACUCGCACGAGCGCGGGCUGACAUUCGUGAUGAACGUGUCGGCGCCGUUCGUGUCUCAGUUCUACAAGGAUCCCCUGGAAAAGAUCCUUCCCUACGUCGACGUGCUGUUCGGCAAUGAAUCGGAGGCAGAAGCGUUUGCCAAAGCAUUUAACUUUACAGACACAAACUUGCAAGAUAUCGGGUUGAAGAUAGCUGCCAUGCCCAAACUGAACAGCUCCAGGGAGAGAGUUGUGGUCAUAACCCAGGGUAAAGACCCUGUCAUACUCAUCCAGGGUACGAAGGUGUCCUUGAUCCCUGUUCAAGAGCUGUCCAGGGAACAAAUUGUGGACACCAACGGAGCGGGCGACGCCUUUACUGGCGGAUUCCUCAGCCAAAUGGUACUAGGCAAGUCGUAUGAAACCUGUGUGAAAUGCGGUAUCUACACAGCUAGUCAUAUUAUUCAACACUCCGGCUGUACGUUCAGUGGUGAAAGUGUUUUUAGUGAAUAGUUUUAAGUGGGACGGUGAUAGAAAUAUUCUUAAUGUUGUUUAAGCUCAGUUUCCAUAGUUGUGUUUUUCUUUAAUUAAACAAUCUACCUGCAAUUGUUAAUGUAAUAAAACACAGCCUUUUUGCACUAUUUCUACUUAAACAUUAAUUUUUAAUAAAAUGCUGGUUCCUCUACGCUUCAUCGUCAUGAGGCAUUGAAAAUGGUUAUG